UUGUGUACCUGUCCCCUAUCAAACAAUUCAACCUUGCCCUCCCUCGACCCAGCACACCACACCAGACAGAGCAGCAAGCGGAGAGAGGGAGUCAGUCCACAGCGCUCUCACCGUGCAUGCACCUUAACCUAUAGGCAACAGAAGUGAUUGGAACUCUAGCAGGGAUGGGGAAGCUGUCCGAGUGGUUGACCAGGAAACAGAGGCCCGAUGAUGACAUCGUCAGCAAGGGGGUCGUGUGGAACGCGAGAGGAGAGAUGCAGAGCUGCCUGUUCUGCGACUUCGCGAACCACACCAAGGAGAAGGAGCUCCUGUACGAAGACGACCUCGUGGUCGCGUUCAGCCCGUCGAAGCCGGCAGCUAAGCAAGACAUUCUCGUGGUCCCCAAGAGGCACAUCUCGAACGUUGGGGAUUUGGUCGAGACCGACACACCAGUGCUUGACAGGAUGAAGGAGGUCGCGGUGAAGCUGCUCAAGUGCGACGCCUCGCAAACUCAACUCAGCUUCCACAUACCCCCGUGGAGUAGCGUUGACCACCUCCACCUUCACGCUCUCGAGACACCGUUCUUGUCGUGGUGGAACGGUCUGCGGUUCUCGGAGGGAAAGCCGUGGUGCGCGUCCUUUGAAGGGGUGAGGUACUGGGCCUCGGGCGCCGGAGCUCAGGAGGAGAAGGAGAACGUUCCCGAAACGAAGGACGCAGAGGAGGAAUGUUGAUUGGUUAGUUGGUUUUACUGUUGCGGCGGUGUCCCGGAGGGUGGUGUUGGCGUGCCUGACAUCCGAAGGUUACGCCACCGCUUGUCUUGCAUCACACGCGCGAUAGGCAAGAGUUUAUUUGACAAGUCGUGUCGGGUCCGGUACAUCGUUUCUUGGCGAAGUGAACAGGGGUGCAUAGCGGGCCCCGCGCCACGGGAACUUGAGACAGAAAGGACGCGUGGUUGAUUGUGGAUGAUAAUAGCGUACGCGGUGACGAAGAAGAGUCGACAUGCUGGCGCGGCGGCGUCAUGAUUCGAUUGCGUGAGUCGAGGAAUGAGACGACAACGUUACCCUUCGCUCCGAACUGGGGACGCUUGGGGUGUGUCUGAUGGGGGACCCCGAUGGGUCGGCAAGGGUGGGCACCCGAUAACUUAGUACACGGCGGGGCCGGUUAUCUUUAGUAUGCAAGACUUGCGUCGCUUGCUCUUGUUCCCUCUGAUUGUUCAAAUGACGUUCGGUUUGGGGCGUCGUCUGUGUGCCUAGCUCGGCGACAUCGACUGAUCUAGGUUUUAUCCAUCUUUCACUUUUUUAUGUAUAUGGUGGUUUUGUAUUUUCUGAUGGGGUGUGUGGGUGCGUGUGUUUUCCCCUUCUGCAUUGCUACAGACGCUGCUCUAUUCCUCAGGAGUAGGACAAGGGCGGCCCCUCUGUACCUUAGUGUUCGUUCACCGGCCACGCCUGCAAUAUCCGUUUGAUGGUUUUUCUACGGAUUCACCGGGGCAAUACCCGCGAACACACAGGCUAGUUGGUGAGUUGCUUGCGUUAGCCACAAAAACGCGUGUCCGUUGUUUGGUUUUGGAUGUAUCACAUCGGCGGGGGCCAUGUGUACCCCUGUACUCCCGGUGCUUUCGGCAGCGGUGGUGGCGUGGUUGCAGUCUGUGUGUUCCGUAUUCCCACGAGCCGUGUGAGUGCGCGCUGUGUGUGCCCCCCUAGUCGUUUCUUUACCCAUCGGGUGCUGACGUGUGUUGGUCCCUCCUUUUGAAAUUGGUGUAAUAGUCGAUCGGUCAUUUCUGUUCUUGAACGAAUGAUCUCAGAACGCAGAAGAAGAAGACGGCCUUUCGGUCAACUUGAGCUUUCGUCUC